UGUUAUUGCAUUACGUGCGUGGAGAUUGGUGUUAAUUUAUUUUUGAAGUAUUGAAAUGGGGGAAUUGAGUGUUUGGUGUGCGCGUGCUGAGUUAAUGGGGUUCGGCAGUAUAGACUGUUCAAUGAAUCGUGUGAUUGUACGCAGUAUGCAAUUUUGGUAUUGCACUGUUCGUUGUCUACGGUUUUUCGAAAGUGUUUAAUUAUUCUUUUUUCGAUGAAUAAAUAAAUAAACCAUGACACAUCGAUAAUGAUAAUUAUAAUGAUGAAUUAUUUAUUUGAGAGACAUCGAAGAGUGUAAGCGUGUGAUCUUCCCAAUACUGCAUUCUGGUAAUGCAGUAUUUGGUGGAAGGGCAGUUGCAAAUUUUUUUUGUACUGAAUUGAAUGAAUGAUUAAUCUGAUGGUGUGUAGAGGUUUGUGUGUGUACGCUUGACGCGUUGGGGGAUGCAACAAUCCUUUUGCCGUGGUUAGAGACUUUGCGUACUGUUGCUAGGUUAACUGGAUUGAAAUAUCUGCAUACAGGCUUGAGUUGAGCUAAGAAGCUGAAUACGAAAUAUAUUGGCACUGAGACUUGGUAUCUUUGCAGCAAUAUGGGGAUUUUCAGAACCAGUUUUUCGUUCUCGCUUGGUGCGUUCACUGGUGUAUACAUUGCGCAGAAUUACACUAUCCCGAAUUUGAAAACUUUCAUUACGACUGGGCUUAUAGUUGCUAAACAGUUGGAAACUCAAUAUCGUAAGCCUUCUAAAGGGGAAGAUGACUAAAAGUCUGUUUCUAUAUUUCUAUAUUUUUCUUUCAUAAAAAACAUCCAGCAAUUGUUAUGGAUGAUUCAGGCAUGGUUACCAACAGUUUUAUUUGAAGAGGUUGAGGUUAAAUCGAGCUUGGUUGACAAAGCUUCCUGGUUGCUCACCUUGACCAAGCUUUACCUGUUAAAAUACGUACCCAUUAAAAGCUAGACGCAAUGGUUUGUAAAUUGAUGUUGUAGUUCUGUUUCUUUUUAAAACGAAUUUACUGGGAGCAUCGAUGAAUGAUCAAGACCAUAUAUCUGCUUUUCGCAAAAUUUCUCCAUUGGCAUUGGAAUUUGAGUCCAGGCGAUUGUAAUAAAUGGUUUGAGCGGA